UUAGUUAUGUGCUGCACAUUACUUGAUAUCCCAUGCUUGCUUAAGAACUGCAGCCAUGUGCCUCAAAUAUCAGGGAAAAACACUUUUAUGAAUUGUGUCUUGCCCAUCAAAAUGCAGACUUAACGAUCAGAUGGAAUUGCAUUUGUUUUAAUCGUCUUCAACAGUUGUCCUGAAGUAGCGCGAGAUUAUUACUUUUUAUGAAUCUUCUCUCGUGAUGUUCUUCUAAAAAAUGCUCAAGCAUUGGACCGUCUUUCUUCUUCUCAGUGAAAUACACUGGCAAACUUGAAGAUGGAACAGUUUUUGAGAGGAAAGGAACUGAUGAAGAGCCUCUAGAGUUCAUGUGUUUUGUAGAUUCUGGAGCCAUGCCAAAGUAAUCUUGCUUAUCAGCCCAAUAUGCUGAAGAAGAAAGCAUGGUCAAGUCGUGAAAAGAAUAUCUCAGAGGCUAUUCACGGGGUUGGAAGAAAAGGUACGGCAGCAGUGCCAAGGAAUCCUCUAUAUCCAAGUAUUGGUGGUAGGGGUGCUGCUUCUGGUAAUAUUGAUAAGAGAGCAAAAGGACAUCUAGACCGAAUGGAGAGCUCUGGGAUGGCCACUAUGUCUGAUGAAACUCGAGAAGCUCUUCCUAAGGCGCUUCUGGAACUUUUUCAUGUUCAUAAAAUUUGCAGGUCUGUAUAUCUUUUAGCAGCACUGGCAGAAGCUGGAUUCCUUAUUGGAUUGGAAUGGAAUAGGAGAGUAUGAAGAGUUGGAAGAAGUCCCGUGUUUUUACCCUCAGGGGUACCAUGGAGUUGAUAAAGAAGGAAGACCUGUCUACAUUGACAGGCUUGGUAAAGCUGAACCAAACAAGCUUAUGCACAUUACUACAGCAGAUCACUACUUAAGGUAUCAUGUACAGGAGUAUGAGAUUCUCUUCCUGCUGACUUUUCCUUUUCAAACUAUAUAUUCCAGACUGGAGUGUUGAUAGAAUAAUCAAAUAUAUGCAAUCUGAAGCAGACAGAGCAGGUAUUUUAUUUAAUUUAUGAUUUUUAUUUCAGAAUGAUGAAAAUGCUCUCAGCUAUACCGUAAUAGUGUAUAGGUUUCUGAAAGUGCAUCAGGAGGAGACAUUUUAUCUCUUUCCUCCAUAGAGUUCGUGCAUGCUUGUAUUAACUUUAGGCAGAGCCACAUGUAGCAGGAAGCUGGAAGUUUGAAGAAAGAUGAUGUGUCAAAGAAUACCAACUCACAAAAGCCAUAGAUUGUUGAGGCGCCUGUCUUUACUGUAUUGAUUUUCUCUCUCUAUUUUGUUGUUUUCUUGCAACAUAAAUUUGUGGAAUGUGGAGUCGCACAAUAAAAACAUAGUUAGGGAUUCACACCUGAAAGGUAGUUAUUUUUGUCAAAGGAUUGUGAAUCUUGAGAUUCCCUUGGUGGCUGGAAGAGGAAGUGGAUGUACUAAGGGCAUUUCAUCAGCACAGGACCUCCAAUAGAUGAUAUAGACAAAUUAAGUUGUUGAGAAUCCAUACUCUUCAUUGACAUGGGAUGUUGUCCCUACUGUUUUCUAUGGUGUGGUUUAUUUGAGCUUGGAUUUGCUUCAUUUUUUAGGUAGUAUCUCAAAAUGAGUUGAACUAUCUAUUGGUGUGAUAUUUGUUAGUUACUUGUGAUGUUUCUUAUAACUUGAAAAUUUUCUUUUCAUCUUCUUUCAGUUCAUCCAGAGACUUGGAACCCAAUGUGGUCUGUGGCAAGCUAAGGUGAAACUAAGUUUCAGUUAUGUUGCUGGAAUGCUGUUUGUUUGGAUUUUGGUAAUUGGUUUAACUGCUUUCACAUGCUGACAUGUUUAAGUUGCGGAUGUGCAGCAUACUUGCAGGCCUUCUGUCGUUCAU